AUGUGUAAAACUGAAAUUUGUGGUAUUUGUCAACAUAAAUCAUGGACAGGAUGUGGUAAUCAUAUAAGCGAAGUUAUGGAUACAUCGCCCAAGGAAUGUUGGUGCACAUGUGAACCAUUAGAUGCUGAUGAAGCUGUAUAUGUUGAAGGACAUGGUAGCUAUCCACCAAAAGCAGGUCAAGGUUACAGGAGGAGAAGCAGCUCUAAAUAG